CACGAAACAUCAGCAUGCUUUGAAAACCCGCACUCUGCACUGUUGUAUGAUUUAGCUACGCCGAAUGAAAGCGGUUCAGCACUACUCCAACCGCUGCCGUUGAAAAGAUAGAAAUUGCUGGUACAAUUUUGCUUCUCAUCUGGGAUAGAAUAAACAGGCUCUUCUUUCAACACGGGAGCUGGACUUUCAUCUCUCGUGAUAGGGAACUUCAACUUAAAGUAACCCUUCCGUUCUGUGGGUACUAUUUGAUCAUUUCUCAACAAGACGUCGCUUGCAAUGUACGGGGCAUGAUCGAUUGA